AUGGUGAUGGCUCCUUCAGUUGAACCGACUCCCGACUCGCCAUCACAGGCAGAUACUCCCAUGACAGACGCGAAUGCUGAGCCUGUCACGUCGGUGCCCGUGGACAGCGCAGACGCGCCGAUGACGAGCUACCAGGAUACUCCAGACUACACGGACUCGGAUACGAACCCAAAUACCACGGCGAGCAGUGUUGCAGGCGACGCAGCGCCUUUGGAUGGCCGGAGACGGAGGUCUGAAGCUUUCCACAUGAGAAAAAGUAUCUUAGGCAAGAAGCAUGGUCGUUUGGAUGAGUCGAAGGAAGAUGAUUCUAUCCGACGGUUUCGCUACCUCCUCGGCUUAACCGACUUAUUCCGUCAUUUCAUCGAAACCAACCCUAAUCCGCGGAUCAAGGAGAUCAUGGCCGAAAUCGACCGACAGAAUGCUGAGGAGGAGGCAAAGGCCAAGAAGAAGGGCUCGUCGCGCUCAGGCGGUGCAGGUAGUGAAAGGCGUCGCAGAACAGAGCAAGAAGAAGACGCCGAGCUGUUGAAGGAUGAAAAAUCCGGCGGCGAAACCAACACGGUCUUUCGGGACUCCCCGCCGUUCAUCAAGGGAGAAAUGCGCGAUUACCAGAUUGCAGGAUUGAACUGGUUAGUUUCGCUGCAUGAGAACGGUAUUUCAGGUAUCUUGGCGGAUGAAAUGGGCUUGGGCAAGACUUUGCAGACCAUUUCCUUCCUUGGCUACCUCCGACAUGUAUGCGAUAUCACCGGCCCGCACCUCAUCGCCGUCCCGAAAUCUACCCUCGAUAACUGGAAGCGGGAGUUUGGAAAAUGGACACCUGAGGUCAAUGUGCUUGUCCUUCAGGGUGACAAAGAACAGCGACACAAGCUGAUCAAUGAGGAGCUUCUCGAUGAGAACUUCGACGUUUGUAUCACUAGUUACGAGAUGAUUCUUCGAGAAAAGGCGCACCUUAAGAAGUUCGCUUGGGAGUACAUCAUCAUCGACGAGGCCCAUCGGAUCAAGAACGAGGAGUCUUCUUUGGCGCAAAUCAUCCGUGUUUUCCAUUCCAGGAACCGACUACUGAUUACGGGUACCCCACUUCAAAAUAACCUCCACGAGCUUUGGGCCCUCCUCAACUUCCUGUUGCCGGAUGUUUUCGGUGAUUCGGAGGCAUUCGACCAAUGGUUUUCCGGACAAGACUCCGAUCAGGAUACAGUCGUGCAACAACUCCAUCGUGUUCUGCGACCUUUCUUGCUUCGCCGUGUCAAGAGUGACGUCGAGAAGAGCUUGCUUCCUAAGAAGGAGGUCAAUCUCUACGUCCCCAUGUCGGAAAUGCAGGUCAAGUGGUAUCAGAAGAUCCUCGAAAAAGAUAUCGAUGCGGUCAAUGGCGCCGCCGGCAAGCGUGAGUCAAAGACCCGUUUGUUGAAUAUCGUCAUGCAACUUCGCAAAUGUUGCAACCAUCCCUACCUUUUUGAAGGUGCAGAGCCUGGCCCUCCCUACACCACCGACGAGCAUCUCAUCUACAAUGCUGGAAAGAUGACGAUCCUUGACAAAUUGCUGGCGCGUAUGCAGAAACAGGGAAGUCGCGUACUCAUCUUCUCCCAGAUGAGUCGUGUCCUUGAUAUUCUCGAAGACUACUGUGUUUUCCGCGAAUACAACUACUGCCGCAUCGAUGGUACAACGGCCCACGAGGACCGGAUUGCUGCUAUCGACGAGUACAAUAAGCCGGGAUCAGAGAAGUUCAUCUUCCUGCUCACAACAAGAGCCGGAGGUCUUGGUAUCAACCUGACGACGGCCGAUAUUGUCGUUCUCUUUGAUAGUGACUGGAAUCCUCAGGCGGAUUUGCAAGCAAUGGACCGUGCCCACCGUAUCGGACAGACGAAACAGGUCGUGGUGUUCAGGUUUGUUACAGAGAAUGCGAUCGAAGAAAAAGUCUUAGAACGUGCCGCACAAAAGUUGCGGCUCGACCAGCUUGUCAUUCAACAGGGACGCGCUCAGCAGCAGACCAAGAAUGCCGCGUCCAAGGAAGAAUUGCUGGGUAUGAUCCAGCACGGAGCUGCCAAUGUUUUCAACACUCAGGCCAACACCACCAUAUCUGCGGAACACCAAUUAUCCGAAGAUGAUAUCGACAACAUUCUGCGAAAGGGCGAGGAACGGACUGCGCAAUUGAACAAGAAGUACGAAAAGCUUGGUAUCGACGACUUGCAGAAAUUCAGCUCCGAAAGUGCGUACGAAUGGAACGGCAAAGACUUCACCGAUCGCAAGAAGGACAUUGGUAUCAACUGGAUCAACCCGGCGAAGAGAGAGCGAAAGGAACAGUUUUAUUCUAUCGACAAAUACUAUCGCCAGGCCUUAGCAACUGGUGGUAGAACGGCUGAUCCCAAGCCCAAGGUUCCUCGGGCGCCAAAGCAGAUCACUGUCCAUGAUUGGCAGUUCUUCCCGCCUGGACUUCAGGAGCUGCAAGAGAAGGAGACGGCCUACUUCCACAAGGAAAUCGGAUACAAGGUUCCUCUGCCUGAUGGUCCGGAAGAAGAGCUGAGCGAACGCGAGGCCGAACGUGAUCUCGAACAACAAGAGAUUGACAAUGCAGUGCCACUAACGGAGGAUGAGCAGGCGGACAAGGCGAAGAUGUCUGAAGAAGGCUUCUCCAACUGGAAUCGCAGGGAUUUCCAACAGUUCGUGAACGGUUCGGCCAAGUUCGGCCGUACUGACUACGUUGGAAUCGCCACCGAAGUGGACAGCAAAGAGCCGGAAGAAAUUGAGGAGUACGCGCAAGUAUUCUGGGAGCGGUACACGGAAAUCCAAGAUUACCCCAAGUACCUCCGUGUCAUCGAGCAGGGCGAGGAUAAAUUGCGGAAGAUGAAUCAUCAACGCAAAAUGUUGCGCAAGAAGAUGGAAAUGUACCGCGUACCACUCCAGCAAGUCAAGAUCAACUACACUGUGUCUACCACCAACAAGAAGGUCUAUACGGAAGAGGAGGAUCGGUUCUUGUUGGUAAUGCUGGACAAAUAUGGAGUCGAUGGCGAAGGUCUCUAUGAGAAGAUCCGUGACGAAAUCCGCGAGUCUCCCCUCUUCCGAUUUGACUGGUUCUUCCUUAGUCGAACCCCAGUCGAGAUUGGACGUCGGUGCACCACCCUGCUGAACACCGUGGCAAAGGAAUUUGAAAAUGAUGGAAAGGCCAACGGUGAGAGCGGCAAGGGCCGGGGACGUGACCGCGACGACGAUGAAGCCGAGGAGGAUGAGGGCCCACCUGCCAAAAAGAAGACGAAGGGCGGUGCAGUUAAUAAGCAAGUCAAGGCUGUCAAAGGUGGCAGCAAGGCAACUUCUACCUCAACAUCGCGGGCAGCCAGUGUCUCUUCAAAUGCGGCGCCCAAGUCGAGGAGUCGCAAGAAAUGA